CCGAACGCCACUCAGACGGGAGGAAGAAAGAUCCAAGGAGAUGGAAGACAGGGAAAAUACCCAAGAAACCGAAAGAUUGAAAGGGAGACUGAGGGGAUUAUCCCCCGGUUAUUCCUUACUAUUUCCUCCCCCCAAACGGGUGAUCGGCUGCCCGCCUGAGAGCCCGAAAGGGACAGGUUGCCGCUUAUCCUUCAUUCCAACUGGCUUGACCUCCUUCUUCUCUCUCUCUCUCUCCCUCCCUCUUCUUUCCCUUGCUAUGUCCGCCCCUCUGCUGCCCAAUCGUCUAUCAUGUAGUCAGUCAUUCUUGUCAAAAAGCAGUUCUUCUUACCUUGGUGUUGGAGAAAAAACAAAAAAAGACAAAAAGCAAAGAAAGACAAGCAAAGAGCACAGACGGUGUAGCCCGACCGCCUACACAUUCACAGCCCGAUUACUCCAUUCU